CGAAAGCCAGUGACGCAGAGACGUGACUUGCUCGCGAGACUUCACGAUCCGCGCCGCUGCUCCCUCUUCGUUGUUGGUCUGGACGGCUGAACCCCUUUUGUUGACGAGGUAUACUCGCCGCUUUACAUUCGUUUGUGCGCGCGCAAACAUAAGCCGCUCUCUCUCACAGGGAAAUCGCAAGACCACAGCCACCGUUAAUCCCGAGAUCCGCUCCCGCAACUACGAGAGAAGAAGGAAAAAUGGCUUCCCAGAAAGCUGAGCCGCAAUGGAAGAAGAACCUUUCCGCCCACGUUAUCUGCCCCGAGUGCAAAGAGGUGCCCCCGAACCUCGAGUUUCCCGGCUCACACGAAACUGUCUGUGGAUCAUGCGGUCUGGUGCUUGCUGAUCGAGAAAUCGACAUGCAUUCCGAAUGGCGUACCUUCUCCAACGAUGAUCAGAACAACGAUGACCCUUCUCGUGUCGGAGACGCUACGAAUCCGCUGCUCAACGGUGACCAGCUGGAAACUCAGAUCGCCAGCGGUGGUUCAGGUCGGGUGCGCGACCUCUACCGUGCCCAGAACAAGCAAUCGAGCGAUAAGGCCAACAAAAACCUGCUGGCAGCGUACAAGGAAAUCGGUGCGCUCUGCGAUGGUUUCAACAUCCAGAAGAACGUCGCAGACACCGCGAAGUAUCUCUUCAAGAUUGUGGACGACGCCAAGGCUUUCAAGGGCAAAUCGCAAGAGGUAAUCAUCGCCGGUUGUAUCUUCAUUGCCUGUCGUCAAUGCAAGGUCCCGCGUACCUUUACCGAGAUCUUCGCCGUCACCAAGGUUACACGAAAGGAGAUUGGACGCAUUUACAAGGCCUUGGAGAAGUUCUUCACCGCCCAGAACCUCGAGCGUAUCAACGCUGUGGUCUCGAGUGGCGGCGUCCCCGAUCCCAACGACACAUACACGGCGACCACCUCCACCAAGCCCAGCGACCUCUGCAACCGUUUCUGCAACCUCCUCGACCUUCCCUUCCAAGUCACAAGUGUCUCGUCCGCUCUCUCCGACCGCGUCACCACCAAGGGCGACCUGGCCGGUCGUUCCCCGCUGUCCAUCGUGGCCGCCUGCAUCUACAUGGCUUCUUACCUGAUGGGCCACGGCAAGUCCGCCAAGGAGAUCUCACAGGUCGCGCACGUCAGCGACGGCACCAUCCGCGGCGCGUACAAGCAGCUCUACGCCGAGCGCGAACGUCUGAUCGACCCGGAAUGGAUCAAAGAAGGCAAGGGUGAUUUGAAGAACCUGCCCGCUAGCUAGAAUUUCUUUUUUCCCCUGAUCAAACCACAAGUACUCCGUACUCUUUAGUCCAAUCAGCACCCCCCAAAGCGAAAAAAAAAAAAGCCAGAAACCCCUAAAAAAAAUUCCAAAUAAAAGAUACCCUUUUUUUUUUCUCAUCAAAGCAAAUUUGCUUCUUCUCUUUAAUGGUCCACUUGAGCUUUUCCUCUGCAAUUGCAAUUAGUUUCACAUUUACAAUGACGGUUUGUAUCUGAUACAAUCGAUUCCUUGCUUUCUCCCUUUCUCAUCUAAUGCCUUGAAAUUCCAUGAUGAACCCCAAGCAAAGCGUACCUGAUAUUCAUGCCAAGUUGUUCUUUCUUGAUAGCACCACCAUCCGCGUGAGUCUAGGUCGUUAGAGACUGCAAUAGCUUCGCUUUAUUCUGGGUUUUCAUACAGAUGCAGAUGCAGCUGCAGUUGUGGUUACAUAAUGAAUGCUU